AUGUCUCAAACUUCGCCGGAAAACUAUGACCGUCUCCUUCAUCAGUAUCUCAACAACUCAUCAUCCAUUCGAGAUGCUUUACUUGAACCCCUCCCCCAACCGUCGUCUCUCGAAUCAGCAUUUGUCCGUCUAAAUCUCUCCGGAAACCCUUCUCUCCAGUCUUCGUUCCUUCCAUUGGCACCCCCCGCUUACGACGCUUUUGGGAAUUACCUUGUUCAGAAGCUUAUAGAAGUAUGCAAUGAAAAUCAGAGAACAGAAAUUCUUCACGUUGUUACGAAAGAGAAAUUCGAACUUGUUGCCAUAUGCCUUAAUCCUCAUGGGACUCGUGCUGUUCAGAAAUUGUUGGAGCAUCUCACUACACCGCAGCAGAUUUCCUGCAUCAUGUUGGCUCUGAGGCCUAGCGCGGUCACCUUGACAAAUAACAUGAAUGGUCAUCAUGUGAUUCUGCAUUGCUUGAAGAAUUUCUCCAACGAAGACAAUAGAUAUCUAUUGAAUGCAGUAGCUGAUCACUGUGUUGAGAUUGCAACAGAUCGAAGUGGGUGUUGUGUAUUGCAGCAAUGUGUGGAACAUGCCCAAGGAGAGCCUAGAGAGCGCCUUAUUUCUGAAAUUACUGAAAAUGCAUUACUACUAUCACAAGAUCCUUUUGGCAACUAUGUAGUGCAGUAUAUUCUGGAUCUGCAUAUACCACAUCUUACAGAGGAUAUAUUGAGGCAGCUUGAAGGGAAUUUUGUAUCCCUCUCUUUGCAGAAGUUUAGCAGCCAUGUGGUGGAGAAGUGUUUAAAGUACUCAGAAGUAGAGCAAUCUACACGGAUUAUCAGGGAGUUGCUCAGUAGCUGUGACUUUUUUAUGCUUCCCUUGCAUGAGUAUGCAAACUACGUUAUCCAGUCUGCUUUAUCAGUAGCCAAGGGACCCAUCCGCAAUGCACUUGUUGGUAGUUUGCUUCAAAUGCACUUUCCUUCUAUGCGCAGCAACCCUUAUGGGAAACGGAUAGUACAAUGGAUCAAUGCAAACAAGUAAGCGGCAUUUUGAAGAAUGUACAAUGUACGGAGGUAGCAUUAGAAACAAAUUUCAGAGCCUGUAAGGUCAGGCCUGUGUUAAUUUUCCCCUACUUCAGGACAUUUUCCCCUACAUAUGUCAUUCUCUUGAGGGUGAUAAUAUUUAUUUAUUUAUUUUGUAGUUAGUUAUCAUUUCUAAUUGCUGUAUAUGGGGUGGAGUAGAUUUUGGAGACUGGGAAAAGGGGGUGGGUGGAGGUGUUAUUGUUCAAGUAUUGAUACUGGCCAUUUGUGGGGGAUGUGAGGCAAUAAUGAAAUAUCAUUUAAACUGUACAAUUCCCAGAUCUUUCCGGUGUUGCUUUUUACUUGUUAUACAGUAAGAGUAGAGUUGGAUUAUUCCUUAAAUAUUUUAAGGGACAAAAUUCUUGAGGGCUUUCCCAUCUUCUUUUGUAUGAAUUUAUUUACCAUG